CUUCAAAACAUGACGGAGAUGGCAAUACAUGCUAUAACGCUGACCGUUACAUAAUGGCGACUUCGCUUAACUACCAAGAGACGCCCGAGACAAAGCUUAACCCAUGGAAGUUCUCGAACUGCAGUGCCAGUUACUUCAGCGGAUAUGUCUCAACACUCUUGCAGACUGUAAAGGGUACGGCUUGUUUGACAACUCUACUCAAUCAAGACUCCCAGAUUCCAGACACAUCCGGUCAACUGUUGGGUCAACUCUAUCCACCAUCAGAGCAGUGUGUCAUGCUAUAUGGGAACAAUUCUUAUGACUGCAGGUUACGAAAUCCCAGUGAAUACUGCAGGAACAUGUAUUGUAGUGAUGGUUUCAGUAAUCUUUGUUACAUGGCUUAUGCUCUAGAAGGUACAACCUGCGGCAGUGGAAAGCUAUGUAAGGGAGGUGACUGUGUAACGGACGCAGCAGCCCCUAUAGUUGAUGAGGAUUGUGUGUUUGGAGAUGAGUCACGGAAAAUAUUUUCUACUCUUGGGAACAAAACGUGUGCUUCACUUGUGCAGACGUCUAAACUGUAUUGCUAUCAAGAUUCCGUUUUUAAACUCUGCUGCGCUACCUGCAAGGCUGUGAAAAGAAACGUUCCAGGGUGUGAAUAUGGAGACACAUUUACGGGAUGUACGGCAAGUUCUUGUAGUAUCCAGGAAAACUUAGCCGGCUGCUGUGAAACGUGCAAUUACACUGCACCCAUAACAACAGCGGCGACUACACCGUCGGCAUCAUCCCUCGCGACAACUACAAUCACCAUCUCGACAACCACCUCAAAAUCAACAGCAGCAUCGACGUCCUCUCUAACUCAGACAACAGGAUCGACGCCACCAACACAGGUUUCAACAGCAUCAACAUCAACAGCAGCAACAGCAUCAACAUCAACAGCAGCAACAGCAUCAACAUCAACUGCAGCAACAGUAUCAACAUCAACAGCAGCAACAGCAUCAACAUCAACUGCAGCAACAGCAUCAACAUCAACAGCAGCAACAGCAUCAACAUCAACAGCAGCAACAGCAUCAACAUCAACUGCAGCAACAGUAUCAACAUCGGAUGCAGCCGUUACGGCGACGACGGCAUCACCAACAGGAAACAACACAACUACACUGCGACCUACAACUACAGAGGCAAUCGUUUGUGUGGACACCACCGGGUCAGUAAUGGACAACAUGAGCUGUUCAGACAUAGCAGAGAAAAACAUUGGCUACUGUUACCUGGCAAUGGUCCACACACAAUGCUGCUCCACCUGUGGCCGUGCCGCUAGUGGCGUGAAAGGUUGUGAGUACGGUGACCGUGAACCCACCGCAUGCGCACUUGUCAACGCCUGUCAGACCACACCAGAACUAUGCUGUCAAACAUGUAACUCGGGCAGACAAACUGCUAGCGGCAACAGCCUCAGUGUUGUGUCUGCCGGGAUCUUCUUGUUUGUUGUUCAUAUUGUAACUCCCGAAUGGUGAACAUCUAUUGCUGAGCUAUUAUCAGUCGAAUGCCUUAAUCUAUUUGAAUACGUGUGUAUAAGUGUAUUGUGUGUGUGUGUGUGUGUGUGUGUGUGUGUGAAAGUUAUAUUUUAAUCUAUUAAAUUAGUGACAUUUUUCUACUGUCGUAUUGUUACUUUACUUGAUAAAAUAUUAUUUUAUUGUCAUUUCUUUGAUUUUACUUAGUGAAAUUUUAUUUUAUAUCUUAUCUUUUACCAUAUUCAUUGAAAUUUUAUUUAAUUGUUAUAUAUUUUACUUUGUUUAGCGAAAUUUUAUUUUAUUUUUAUAUCUUUUACUUUAUUCGGUGACAUUUUAUUUUAUUGUAAUAUCUUUUACUUUAUUUAGUGAUAUUUUAAUCUCUCCUCCCAUUUACUUCCAACCUCCACUACCAUCCACUAACCGAAUACUCCCAAAACGACAUUAACCGUUUUUUAUUAAGUCCAUUCUACAUCAGCUGUCAUAAAAACCUGCAGGUCAUUUUUUUUCUGCUGGAUAUUUUCAGUAGCAAUUAUUUACAUUCUACUCAGUCUUACUGAAUACAUUCCGGAUUUACAACCAAUAAACUUUAUUUAUGUACUAAUUCACAGGUGUUUUAAAGUGGUUUAUUUAUUAUUUUAGAUAAAUAACUGAACAAUCGACGAAGUUCUUAAUUUACAUGUGAUACAUGUAAUUAUAGUUACUUAUACCGCUGCCAUUAAUUGAAUCA